AUGGCUCUACUCGGAGACGACGGCCGCGGCUACGAGCUGGCCUGCAAGCUCGAGUCGUGCAACGUCUGGCGCACCUGGCUCGGCGACUCCAGCUACUCCACCUUCGUCCACUUCCUCACCUCCCCCUCCACCUGGGACUCCUUCAUGCGAUCCGACCCCUCCAAAUCUAGGGCUCAGAUCCUUCUCCAACUCCGCGCCCGCGCCCUCCUCUUCGACAAGGCCUCCGUCUCCCUCUUCCUCCGCCCCGACUCCGCUUCCAAUUCCUCUGCCGUCUCCAACCUCAAUCCCAACUAUUUGCAGUUGCACGCUGAUGACGUGUACUUCAGUCUCGAGAAUUCUUCAGCGGAAGGUGUUCAGGCUCAACAGCGUGACGCCUCCAAGAUUCAAUCAAAAACCAAUUUUGGUUUUGGUUCGAGAUAUGGAGAAUCUGAAAUUGAUAACAAGUCAGCAAGAUUUAAAAAUGAAGAGCUUCCUGAAACCUGGUAUAAUCAGGUUAGUGAGAGACAUAGAGUUAGCAGAACGCAUAGGUUGUCAUCAGCAGACCGAGAGUCAGAGAGACGUACUCCAGAGGAGAUGUGUGCUUAUAUUAAGCUUGCUAUGAAGCAUAAGAAGAGGUGUAUCGCAUUCAAAGAAGAGCAGCCUGUGGGAUACAGAAACCCACUCCUAGAAAAUGCAUCACAGAACCCACAUUCUGGUUUAGAUGGUAGUAAUUCAGUUGAUCAUGAAGCACCUUUUUUCCCAGAAACAAUGUUUACGUUCAACUGUGUUCCUGAUAGUGCACUUCCACCUAUGAAUAGAGAGCAAGACGACCAAAAAGUUGAAUUUUGUGGAGUUCUUGACACGUUACCUCAGGUUAUGACUAGGAGUCCUGUUAUGCUUGAGAGGCUUGGUAUAAGACCUGAAUACCUUAGCAUGGAUCGUGGAAAGAAUGGGUCUGCAGGGAACAAAAGUUGUCUUACUCAUGAGCAAGCGGCGCAGUUAUCUCAAAAGGUUAUAGCCCGGAUACUGACAAAUGUGGGAUUUGAAGGUUCCUCAGAAGUUCCGAUUGAAGUUUUCUCUCAGCUGCUAAGCUGUCAUAUCCGUAAAUUGGGUAGUUGUUUGAAAGUUCUUACUGAUAGUUACAGAAAGCAGUGUUCAGCAAUUGAACUAUUGAAGAUGUUCCUUCAAACGGUGGGAUAUAGAAAUUUUGGCCCUCUAGCAGAUCAAGUCAAGGAUGGCUCCAGGAGUGUCCAUCAACAAAAUCAGCAGCAAAUUCAUGGAAUGCAGUCACAGUUGCAGCCACAACACCAGAACCCUAUUCGACUACCCCAACAAAUAUCGAGGCAAAUGCUUCCACAGAUGCAGCAGAUUCAGCAAAUGCAGCAAAUGGCACAAUCCAAGAAUUUGCCAUUUCAGCAACAGCAGCAGAUAGAAAGAAUGCGAAGACGUCAACCAUCUACUCCUCGUGCGGGAAUGGACAUGGUACAGGAAAGACCUAUGGUCCAGGUCAAGAUUGAAGCUCCAUCAGAGUUACCUAUGGAUAGUAAUGCCUUCAACAAUUUCAAUAACAGAAAUCCACAAAUGCAGUUCAGGCAGCAGCAAAUUCCUGCAAUGUCGAAUCCUACAAUGCAAAAUGUCCCUGCUCAGUCAGGGAAUCAGUUUAGACAGACACAAAUCGCACAAAUUCAAUCACAGAACGCCGGUGUUCUCAGGGCUCGACCAGUGAAGGUUGAAGGUUUCUCGGAAUUAAUGGGAGGAGAUGCUUCAUCGAAGCAUGAUUCAGAUGAAAAUAGGCUGACCUCCCCGAAGUAGCUCCCCCAUCAUCAAGUACAUAACUUAGCAGUAUCUCAACAGUCAGUAUGCACUCCCCACAUCUCUGCACGCUACAUGUUCCGACCUUAAUCAUGUGUCACAUAUGUUGUAAAAGCAUGUUCGCUAUGUAUGCUAACCCAUGCCGGAUGCAUGAUAGUUUGAUAACAGUAAUGAACUUCUUUUACUGUUGUAGGUGUGAGUUUUAACUUACUACUUGGAAAUUCUUUUACAGGGUUGUAGCUGUAAUUCACCAAUUUAUAAAAUUUUCAUUAAAG